AUGGGCAUAUACCUAGGAAGCGGAUGUACAUUCCAAGAUUUACAUUAUUCAUUCAAACUAGGGGCUUCAACGGUUGGAAAUAUUGUUAGAGAAGUUUGCAAUGUAGUAUGGGAAGAACUUGCUCAUAUCCAAAUGCCAUCUAUGACAGAGGAGAUGUGGAAAGAUACGGCAGCCAAGUUCGAACAACGUGCUAAUUUCCCCCAUUGUUUAGGAGCGAUAGACGGGAAGCAUAUCCGUAUUAUAAAGCCAACAGGAACUGGAAGUCAAUAUUUUAACUACAAACAUUACUUCUCAAUUGUCUUGCUAGCAAUCGUUGAUUCUAACUAUAAAUUUGUAUACGUCGAUAUAGGAUCAUUUGGAAAAGAUUCAGACUCUACGAUUUUUAAAAAUUCAACAUUUUGGAAUCUGCUACAAAAAAAUGAACUUAAUAUUCCUGAAAGUUGUCCAAUAUUGAAUACUAGUAUCAAUGCAGAUUAUGUUUUUGUAGGAGAUGAGGCAUUUGGUCUUUCUCAACAUGUUUUACGUCCUUAUGGAGGAAGGAAUUUAACAAAAAAUAAGCGUAUAUUUAAUUAUCGUUUGUCUCGUGCACGAAGGUAUGUCGAAUGUGCGUUUGGGAUACUAUCCAAUAAAUGGAGAAUUUUUCAUCGACCAAUGAAUGUUACAACUGAAUUAGCAGUGGAUAUUACAAAAGCGUGUUGCGUUCUACACAACUAUGUACGCGAAAAAAAUGGAAUUAAUUUUCAAGAUACUCUGUCUAUUGACGGAUUUGAUGAUGUAAACACUACAUAUUCUGACCGUGGCACACGAUCAGCGAGUGAUAUGAGAAAUACAUUUGCUGAUUAUUUUUCUUCAGUUGGAGCUGUACCUUGGUAG